AUUUAUUUUGAGACUGCUUAGAGAGAAAGCGAGAGAAAGCGAGAGAGAGAGAGAGAGAAAGAUGAGAGCAUUCGAGGGCGCAGACUGGCCUACGAGCGUAGCGGCGUUGUCGUACGGGGAAGACGUAGUAAUGAAUUUGUUUAUAUUUUUUGUAUUUGCCGAUGAUCCUCCCGUCGAUGGUCGUUUCGCUGGACGGUACCAGUUGGAGUAUACAACAGCAAUCGCAACACCAACUGCUGGUGGUGGACUCGGUCGCGCAGCAGCAACAGCAACCGCAACAGAUCGUCGCGUUGAAUCAGAUCGUCGCAUCAAAUCAGAUUUCAUCAUCGGGAGGUGAUCCGCAGCAACAGUGCCACAAAAUGACUGACCAGCGAGAUCAGCAGCAGCAGCAACAGCCGCAGUCCCAGUUUCAACAACAGCAGCAACAACAACAGAUCAAAGGCAAUGAGGAACCAAGAACGAAUUUGAUUAUUAAUUACCUUCCGCAAAACAUGAAUGAGAAGGAGCUGUACAGUUUAUUUGUCACUAUUGGUCCGGUCGAAUCCUGUCGAGUCAUGAAGGAUUAUAAGACUGGAUACAGCUACGGCUUUGGUUUUGUCAACUAUGCGAAAGCUGAGGACGCGGCGACGGCGAUAAGCACAUUAAAUGGUCUUCAAGUGCAAAAUAAACGUCUGAAGGUCUCGUUCGCUCGGCCUUCUGGAGAAGAAAUUAAAGAAACCAAUCUUUACGUUACGAAUUUACCAAGAAAUAUAACGGAAAGCCAAAUCGAUGAACUCUUCAGUAAAUACGGCAAUAUUGUGCAGAAGAAUAUAUUGAGGGAUAAACUGACCGGUUUACCGAGAGGAGUAGCGUUUGUUAGAUUCGAUAAGAGGGAGGAAGCUCAGGAGGCUAUCGCACGACUUCACGGUACAAUACCGGAGGGUGGAUCCGAGCCGCUUAGCGUAAAAAUCGCGGAGGAACACGGCAAACAAAAAGCGGCGUAUUAUGCGGGCUGGCAGGCGGGAUACAAUCAAAGCCGCGGAGGGAGCGGACUCGGAGUCGGCGGUGGCGGCAGCGGACGGGCUCGGGGCAUCGGGGGUCCUGGAAUGGGCAUGGGUGUUGGCGGCGGUGGUCCGGGAAUGUUGAGCCGGGCUGGUGGUUUUGGGCCGCGUGGUGGUGGGCCCCAUAGCGGCAGCUCGACGACGACAAUGACGAUUACGAUAACGAUAACAAUGACGAUGACGGUGACAAUGAUAACCGUAAUGAAGAUACGCUUACAUUCGCUGCAACAUUGA